UAUUUGUAAACUUAAGGUUUAUUUGUUUGUAACUUGCUUUGUAACAUUUAUACUUUACACUACUUAGUGUCCCGCCCGCUACCAUUUUCAACAAUAAUUUUCAUAACCCGCAGAUAAAAUUAUAAAAAGAGCGUUGAUUGAUAUAUAAUGAGAAAGAAUUAGGUAAUGACAUUUGAAAUGACAUAAUUGUACAUUGUAAUGCCACAAACUGAACAGCUGCUUCUUCCUCCACAGAACCUGACAUUUACAUCAAAGAUUAACAACUCUUCAAAAGGUUCUCCAGAUCGAGCUGCAUCACCUGGUUUUUCUAGAAAUGAUGACAUCCGUUGUAGCACUGGUUCUAUGAAAGGAAAAAAUGUGGCAAGUUCAAACAUUAAAGAUGCUAAUUCCAUCGGGGCUAGUUCUAGUCGUGGAGGUUCUCAAAAUUUUGAUGACACAGAUUCAACAAGUGCUGGAGCACCUCCUUCUGUUCAUAACUUAAUUAAAGGAUUUCAAGCUAAAAUGGUUAAUGGAGCUCUAAAGUCUCUUCCAUCACAAACAUCAAAUCAAGACUUAAAUUACAAAACUCCUGGUUAUGUUGUUGAACCAGUUCAACUUGAAAGGAAGAGUUCAAAACGAAAGUUAUCUAUUCGUCAAAAAAAAAGUAAGAUGACAGCUGAUGAUGCUCGAUUCAGUAUUUUGCAGUCCUUAGGAAUGUCUGCAUAUUCUGGAAAUGAUAACCGAAAGAGUAAUAAAAACUUUGCAUAUUUUGAUGUUCAAAGUUUGUUUUUUAAACUUGAAGUUGUUUCAUCUUUUGAAGAAGGAGGUGCUUAUGUAAAAAAACUGACUGGAGCCUCAGCAGCUUCUGCUCGCAGUAACCAAGGAAGUAUAAAAAGUGAUCAAAGUGUCACUGAAUUUGGAAAAACAGUUGAGCGUGUUGAAUCUGUAUUAGAUGAUGGGGAUAAUAAUGGAAAUGAUUUAUUACUUAAUUGUCCUUUCUUUCGCAAUGAGAUUUCACAUCCUAUUAACAAAACCAACUCUGAUGAUCAUAUAAAAGAUCUUGGUAGUAUCAAAGAUGUUCGUAAUAUAAAAGAUGUAACAAAACUAAUAUCCAUGUUUAAUCGUAACCUUGUAUUUGAUAAAUUUAGUUCUAAUUAUGACAAAAAGCGAAAUUUUCGCAAACGUGAAUUGUUAUACUCUAGCAAUGACAUACUUCUGGAAGAAUUGAAGGAUGAUUCCAGUUUUUUUACUUGGGAUGAACCCAAUGUUUCAGAGCCACAAAUAUUUGAGUUUGAACAUAUUGAUCGUGGAGCUAUGUACUACAGAGAAUUUUUUAGUGAACAAGAGCAUACCAAUCUCUUUGGAAUAGAUAAGAAUUAUGGACCUAUUGCAAUAUCAAUAGUUCGUGAGUUGCUGACACAGAUGGUUUUAGGUCAUGACGUUGGCAGUGAAAAAAAUACAAAAAACAAAUAUCAAUAUAGAAUAAUUUUAAGGACAAGCGAUUUACAAGCCUUAAGAAUAUCUGUUCUUGAGAAUUCCAUACCAUCAUCGUCUCGCCACAAUUCCACUCGCCCUCUACCAUUGAAAGAUAUAUUGGAGUAUUGUUUUCCUGAAAUACAAAUAUCUUGUCUUCGCUAUUCAUUACCAGAUGUAAAGAUAAAUGAACAUUUAGUAAAACUAGAUGAACAAGAGCUAUCGCUAAAACAUAAAGUCGGGUUGCUCUAUUGUAGAGCUAAUCAAACAACUGAAGAAGAAAUGUAUAAUAAUGAACAUGCUGGUUCAGAGUUUUUAGAAUUCUGCAGUAUAAUUGGUGAUACAGUGGCUUUAAAGGGUUUCCAAGGUUACAGAGCCCAAUUAGAUAAUGCAAAUGAUUCAACAGGACAACAUUCUUUGUAUACAAAUUUUCAUGGAAGAGAAAUCAUGUUUCAUGUUUCCACAGAGUUGCCAUUCACACCAAAUGACAAGCAACAAUUACUGAGGAAACGUCAUAUUGGAAAUGAUAUUGUAACAGUGAUUUUUCAAGAGCCUGGUUCUAAACCUUUUACACCACAAAUGAUCAGAUCCCAUUUUCAACACGUGUUUGUUAUUGUCAAAGUUGAAAACCCACACACAGAGUACACUAAAUAUGAAGUAGCAGUAAGUCGUUCUAUGGAUGUACCUGCAUUUGGUCCUCCAAUUCCUCAAGAGAAAUUUUCAAAAAAUGCUACAUUUAGAGAGUUUCUUUUGUGCAAAUUAAUUAAUGGAGAGAAUGCAGCUCAUAAAUCAGAUAAAUUUACUCACAUGCACAAAAGAACAAGAUAUCAAUAUUUGAAGGAGUUAGCAACAAAUAAAGUGUCUACACAAACACUAGAGCCACCAAAUAAGUUUGGGUUUCCAUUCUCCAAGAAAAAAGAAAAGACACAUCCUCCUGUUUUCCCUGAACUUUGGUUACAAGGUGGUUUCAUAUGGAAUAUUAAAUUUGAUUUUGAUGGUGAUGGAAUGGUUGUGUCAUGUUUUCUUUCCAUCUCUGCAAAAUCAAUUGUUUUUGUUGAUCAUGAUAAUAAGUCAAUUUUGUUAACAAUACCUUGUAAAUCUGUACUUGGUUGGAAACCAACAUCACAUACUUUAAAAUUAUUUUAUGAAGAUGGGAAGUUAGCAUUUUUUACUUUAUCUGGAGAUGAUAUAAAUGAACUACCUUACAUCAUCAACAGAUUGAAAGCUGUUACUCCAGGAUGUGAGACUCAAGAUUUAAUUUUGCGAAGAAACAAUGAUGGGCAACUUGGGUUCCAUGUAUAUUAUCAAGGGCUUGUUGCAGAUGUUGAACCUUAUGCAUUAGCUUGGCAAGCUGGGCUACGAAAGGGCAGCAGAUUAUUAGAGAUAAACAAUUUGGUUGUUGUUAAUAUGGCACAUGAAAAAAUGAUCCAAAUGUUAAAAAGACCUGGUGCAGUACGAAUUGUGGUACUUCCACCAGCAUCUGAUGGUCAACCAAGAAAUAGUUAUAGAUCUGUAAAAAUGCGCCGAUUUUCAAGUAUGACUUCAGUAUAUAGUAUGAGCGUUUUUGCUGACACUGAUGCGACUAGUACUUCCUCAAAGGAAUGCAUGACUACAGCAAGUAGCGAAUCACCAAUGAUAACAAGUAAAUUGGAAAUUCAAACCAAACCUCGUUCAUUAUCUGUUGAAAUUAACUCUGCUCGAGACCAACCAAGAUCAUCUAUUGAUUCUACUUCUUCAGAUAGUUCAAACAAUGAACCUUAUCCUUCAAAAACUCAUGACUCAAUAAUUAUGUCACGGUCUACAUCAGAUAUUGCAUUAAAAUCAGCUGUUACAUUUACUUCAAUACAACCAAAGUUGCCGCCAAAAAAUGCUCCGCUUGCAUCUUGCAAUAAGCUAACAAGUGGCUCUUUGAGUAUUGAACAAGAUUUAGAUGAUAUCGAAACAAAAUUAACUGAUACUCGUAAGAGCAUUGAUGCAAAAUUUUAUCGCUCUUUAGCAAAUAGCCCAAGUCCUUUUUUUCGACAAAAGCAAAAUCUCGGUGCAUCUAAUGAUUUUAUACAUGAAGAUGUUUUUCACCAAGUUUCUGAAGAAGUCUCUGAAAGUAUAGUACAAAGAAAUAAUCUUUCCGUGUCUGAAAAGCGACUGAAUCGAAGUAGUUUAGAACAUGCUUUUGAAAAUCCUCGUGAACUACCAGAUCGUGAACUUUCUGAUAACUCUGGCAUUGCUGUUGUCGAUGUUCCUUUUUCAUUUAAGGUACCUCAAUCCAUUAUCUCUGAGCAAGAUCCCGUUUUAAGGAGAAGGUGGUCGGUUAAUGAUAAUCAUCGAAUCGAACCAGAAAAUCAUUCUGACAGUAAAUCUAUGAGUGUUGAAAGAUUAAACGACAAAGAUCCUGUGACUUUAUUAGUAAAAACCAAAGUUUGUGACGUUUCAGAUAUUGUUAUUGAAAGAAAUGAAAUAAAUCGAGAAAGUAUUUUUAAAACAAAAUCACUGCCACAAAAGUUGGUAAUUGAAAAUCAGAGUUUACAAGAUAACCAGAUUUCAAUUGAAGCUCCAAAAACCGUUGUGUCGUUAUAUUUGAAUGAUAAUAAAACAAACUUAAGUUCGUCGGAACAGUCAUUUAAGUUAAGUGAUGGAGUAAAAUCAAAGUUAGUACAUAACACAACAAACCACGAUUCUUCAGAUGAAACUUUCUCAAAAAUAGACGUUUCCUUCAAAUCUCCUUUUAGUCUAGAUGAAAAAAAGAAAAAAAGAUUGCCUUCUAAACAUAGGACGCGAAAUUGUGAACCUCCAGAAUCCGAUUCUUCUGAAGAUAUUGAAACAAAACAACGUUUUAUAAAAAGCGUAAAGAGACCUUAUGAUGAAAAAAACGUUUAUAAAAGCGAAGCAGAAGAAAACUUUGAGGCAGCAAUUUCUGAGUUUCAAAAGUCAUUUUCUUCAAUGCAGCAGGUUGCCGCCAAAAAGUACGAAACCACUAAUAAUAGCUCAAUAAAUCCACCUGAAAUUCCUCUUCGUAUGUCUCAGCCUAUAACGCUUGUGAAACAUCGCCUCAGUCAAUUGAAAGAUAGCAGUGAAAAACAUCAAUCCGAUUUCAAGGAAAAGCGAUCGGUUAGUGUACCAUCUAAAAUGCGUGCUGAAAUUAAAGUUAGUUUGACUUCGCUUCGUCCCUGGACUCCACCUCAACCAAAACUUCACCCAAGUAAUGUAAUUAAAGACAAUAUAAAUCAAAAAUUAGGCAAAGAAGGGUUAGAAAGUUACGUAAAAGACAAACAGCUGUCUAUUGCAGAAUCUGAUUUGACAUCAACUAGUGUAACUAUACAUUCUGAUAAUCGGUUGGAUGGAAUUCGUUCUCUUCCAUGCAGAGGAACUAAAAGAUUGUACUCUGUGCCAGACAGAAUAAAAUCUCAAAGCGUGUCAUCAAUGCCGCUAUCAGUAAAAGGGUUAAAUCUGGCGACCAUUGAAAAACAAAAUUUUUGCGGACCGUGUAGUAAUGAAGAUCUACGCGUAAUGCUGACUGUAAUGGAAAACGAAAUUGAACAAGUGAGGGAAGAGCGAGAAAGAGAAAGAGAAGAAGCUGAAAGAGAGAGAGAAAAGGAAAAGGAAGAAAAAGAACGUUUAUCAAUUGAGUUAAAAAAAUCUCAAGAGGAAAAUAAACGUCUUCUUGAACAGUCGAGGCAGGCUGUUUCUCAUCUUCAAAAGUUUACUUCGUUAUUUUUAGACUCUUCCCCUGAAGCACUUGAAAAAUUGAGGCAAAGAUAUAGCGAAAGUUAGAAGUAAUUAGAUCAGAAAUUAGAAAAAAACAAUUUUCAUUUUAAAAUUUAAACAAAGUUAGUGUACAUAAAUAUUGUGUAUAUUACGUGUGUAUAUAUAUAAAUAUAUAAAUGGU